AUGUCAACCACCGGACCUUUGGCUCAAGCGGCGGCCUGCGGGGAAACGACCCGCGGGUACGUGCGGGACGGCCACGCCACGCGCGAGACGCGUCGAACACUGGUGGGUUUUCUCCAGGGCCACGGGGUCUUCCGCCAGCCUUGGCGGAUGAACUAUAGCCAUGACACUGAGAUGGACCGCGAGUGGGCGGCGGAUCAGCUGCGCCGGAGGAAGAAUCUGGGCUCCGGUCUGCCGGACAUGCCCAUCCGCCGGGCCACGGCCGCGCUGCCGCAGGUGGCUGUAGCUGCGGUGCAGGGCGGCUUAAUUAGCGCCGGCCCGGGCGAGGCCACUGUAGGCAGUGCUUUGUCGGCCUUGACGAUCAAUGCUGGCAGCGCGGAGCAUGUGCAGCGCAUUUGCCAUGGGCUACUAGCGCUGCUCUAUGACAAGGAGCGCUUAGCGGUGCACUACGAGUUUGCGGAACUCAAGGGCGUUGAAGCUUUGCUGGCCGUGUUGAGGCGCAAGACGACCGGUCGAAGCGCUUUUGACGAGCGCUGGGGGGAUGCGGAAAACUGGGGCAGCACUGAGCUCUGA